GACCCGUCCGGCUACUACUUACUAAUAGUGCACAGGAGAAAGCCGGGGUAUCUGGGAACUCAACAGAAAGUAUCAGAUUAUUCUAGAAAUCACAGGAAUGGCUGCAAAGAUUCCUCCACCAGGGUGUACCUGGGCCCAGAGACCUAAACACAUUAUCCUCACCAUCUGCCUCACGGACGUGAAGGACCCCGUAAUCAAGGUGGAGCCUGGGAAGCUCUACUUCAAGGGGGUCGGGGGUACAGAGAUGAAGGAACAUGAAGUUGAAAUGGUUUUCUUCAAACCGAUUGAUGUCGAGAAAUCCAAGUUUGGAGUUCGUCCCCGUGAGAUCUCGUUUGUACUGGAGAAGCAGGAGGAGGGCCCAUACUGGGACCGGCUCCUGGAGACCAAGGUGAAGCAGCCCUGGCUCAGGGUGGACUUCAAGAACUGGAAGGACGAGGAUGAUGAUGAGGAGGAGGGAGGAGCUCAAGGACAGGAUCUAGAGGAGAUGAUGAGACAAAUGGGAGGAUUAGGAGGCGCCGCCGGAGGAGCCGGAGCCGCAGAUAUGGGAGAUCUAGCAAAGAAAGCAUAUCAGAGACCAAGCUUAGACGAUUUGGAUAUUGAUGACGAGGAAGACGACAUGCCAGAUCUGGAGUAGAGAACUAUCAGCGGCAUUUUGCUCUUUGCGGCAUCCAUUUUUCAAUUUUCAAUGACUUCAAGAUCCAAAACGAGUUGAAAAUUGCUCAAUUCGCUGCUAAUUUUACUUUUGUUAUUAUUUACCGUCGAAAACGAUUGGAACAUACAUACACUCAUUGAUUAUACAUACAUUAUUGCCAUUUAACAUGUUAUGACAUAUUUUCUUAAACCUGUAUAAUUGUUUGCAUUUUAGUACUUUGAUAAAUAAAAUGCUUGUUUUGCGA